UGCGCCGGAAGAGAAGCUGAGACGUUGGUGUUAACGGCCAGUUGUUCUCUCAGGAUGGGAGUUUGGUAUUAAAACCCCGUCAACGAUGGCUCCUUAAAACAAAGAACUGCGGAUGCUGGAAAUCUGAUACAAAAGCUGCUGGAGAAACUCAGCAGGUCUGGCAGCAUCUAUGGAGAGAAAAAGUGGAGUUAACCGGUCCGAUGACCCUUCUUCAGAAUGAGGCUUCCUCGACAUCGCACUCAUUUUCUGUUCAUCUCCCUUUCUUCCUCAUUGAGAAAACCCCUGAGAAUAUGCUCAGGCCGAUCUAUCAAGGUUUAAGAGAAGACUGCUUAAACCAUUUACACAGUCUUUGAUUCAUGCAACGUGGAGAUGUAGACAUCUCCAGACGGUAGAUCGAAGUGAACACGGUGUAAUCAGUUGUUUGAAUUCCUUGAGCGACUAUACGUAAAUUGUGCAAUAAAUCCUAAUUUCAAACGGCAGGGAAAGGGAAAAACAAUGAAGUCGUUUAGGAUAGUUCAUUUGGAACUUUAAGGAUAAAAGUUCAAAGGAUCAUUUAUCUGAAAUGAAAUAAAAAUCUGAAAAAGGGAAAGACUUGACAAUGUCGAAGAAGAUUUCCAACACUAAAGGUUUUUAAGCUACUCAGGUGUAAACCUGUAUUUGGGACCAGUGGCCAUUUGUCAAUAUCUGGCAACAGACGGUGCACCUUAAAGGUCACCUUAAUAACGAUAUUUUUCAUAUUGACAGUUCUGGAUACCCACACAGUAUUUGGGGAUCUAUAUUGUUUUUGAAAUUUUGGCCAUAGUAAUAGCACCAGUACUGUCAGAACAAUGGGGAACACCAGCAGUGACCGUAUGGGAGCAGAUCGCCAUGGAGGAUCUAAAUCCCACCGCAGUGAUAGCAUGGCAUCUUCUCCAUCAUCAAAGGAAAAUGAACGAACUAAAAUCAUGGUGGACAGCACAGAUGACCCCAAUAUUUUUCAUACACAAGACUCAAAGCCUCUCACUGAUAAGGACUUUGUGUCCUGGCAACCUGACAUAGAUGAAUCUGUAAAAUUUCCUAAGCAAGCUCGCCCCACAGUUAUUCGUUGGGUAGGUGGAGGGAAAGAAGUGUUCAUAUCUGGAUCCUUCAACAACUGGCAUACCAAGAUUCCACUUAUUAAGAGCCAUAAUGACUUUAUUGCUAUUCUUGAUCUACCAGAAGGCGAACACCAAUACAAGUUUUUUGUAGAUGGGCAAUGGGCUCAUGAUCCUUCAGAGCCAGUAACAACCAGUCAACUUGGGACAAUCAAUAACGUUAUUCACGUGAAGAAAUCUGACUUUGAAGUAUUUGAUGCCCUUAAACUGGACUCACUAGAGUGUUCAGAUACUUCAGAUUUGUCAAGCUCCCCUCCAGGUCCAUACCAUCAAGAUAUAUAUGUGUUGAAGCCUGAAGAACGUUUUAAGGCACCUCCCAUUUUACCUCCCCAUCUGCUCCAGGUCAUUCUCAACAAGGAUACACAUAUUUCAUGUGAUCCCGCUUUACUACCUGAACCAAACCAUGUGAUGUUGAAUCAUCUAUAUGCACUUUCCAUAAAAAUGCUUCCGCAUACAAAAAGCCAUCCCCCAAAUACACCUUCUACAAACUAGUGAGAUCACAUCUUGUCCAUUGUAUAUUUACAAGGAUGGCGUGAUGGUUCUUAGUGCCACCCAUCGAUAUAAGAAGAAAUAUGUUACUACUUUACUCUAUAAACCAAUCUGAUCUGCCAUCCCGAUAGUCAGCAUGCCCAAAUGGUAAAUUAAUGUCUGUUAGUUGGCCACUCAGUGAUGGAGCUUCAUUAGGAUUUUAGCAGUUGUGUUGGUUGCCUUCUACAUAAUAGUUACAAGCACUUUACCAGAUUGACGUACAAGUGUGACACUGAAAACUAUGGUAUCAGCUACGGCAAUGCAGAAUGUUCACUUUAGAUUUGUACUUUGGGAAACUUGAAAUGCAUCUGAAAUUGAGGAACUGUCUCAGUCAUGAUGAGCUGCUAUAUAGGGAAAAGCUUACAGUUGAAAUUCAAAAGAUUUUCUAGUAAAAUAUUUCUAAAAGCUUGCUUAAUAUUCUAAUUUGUAUUACAUUUGACUUGGUGGGUGGGUGGUUACAACUUUACCUUAUUUGUUCUAGAAAUUAAUUUUUUUGAUUAAAACCUCUUACAGUUUAGUAUGUGGAAUGAAAUCUAGCUUUCAGCAGUGUGCUAUCUUUUAAUACCUGAACCUUUAUAUGUAUCAGCGUACCUCUUUAAUUUAUUGUUGAUGCACUGGUGUGAAUGUUUUUGAAAGAACCUAUUAUUUAGAAUAUCGGUUUGCAAAAUGUGAAGUACAUUAAAUAAUGGAUUCCCCCCACAGCAAGCAAAUGUAUUUACGAAGCCAUCAAAGGAUUGACAAAAAUAAAUUGUAGUUUGAAGUUAGAGUUAGAAUAUUAUAAAUUUGCUAAAACUUCAUUUGCACAGACUUGAUGUGUUGAUUGGAGGAUUUGUGUUGUGGUUUAGAUAAUGGUAAAUAAGUUCAGAAUGAUGUUGAUGGGUGAAACUGGCAGACAGGUGAAAUUAAAUACAGAGAAGUGUGAAAUGAUACAUUUUCGUAGCAGAAUAAGAAAUGGCAAUAUAAACCAAAUUGUACAGUUGUAUGGAGAGGUAGGUGCAGGUACAGAACUGAACAAAGAUCCUAUAGUGUGACAGGACAAGUUGAGAAGUUUUUUUCAUUAAAGAAAAGCAUCUGGGAUCCUUGGCUUUAGCAAUAGUGGCUUUUGAGUAUGAAAAGUAAUAUAUUAUGUAAAUCUUUGCAAGGUUUACUCAGAUGUACUAAGAGUGAGGGACUUCAGUUAAGUGAACAAAAUAAAAAAAUGCUGGGUUAUUCUCUGGAGAGCAGAGAUGAUUAAGACGAUGAAUGAUCUUGGUGUAAAUAAGGAAAAAUAGUUUCUAAUGGUCAGUAACCAACAGAUAAGAAUUUAGGUUGAUUACAAAAGAACUAGAAGCAGCAUUUGUGGAGAACACGUCGCAAUGUGGACUGCACUACCUGAAAGGAUUCGGAUAAGUACUUGAAGGGAAAAUAUUUAAUUAUGCGGAAAGAGCUGGAGGGUGAGAUAAUCACUCUUUCAAAGAUCCAUCAUGGAAGCCAAUCAAACAAUGCACCUUUCAGUGCCAUGUCAUUCAGCGAUUGUAUGAAAGGACAGCUAGAAGGAGACCGAAAAUGGUUUUCCAGAUCAAGUUGAUCGAACUGAUUUUCCUUCCAGCUAAAUUACUGCCAAGUGACAUGUCAAGAAUCUUUAUUUCAGUUCAAGAUGCAGGGACAUCUAAUCUUAAUCAGCUCUAAUAAUUGAAACUAAUCUAAAGCUGCAAAUUAAAAGUGCACAGGCAUAAAGAUUUGAAAUAACCAUCUUGUUUGAAUACCACAGUCUACUAUCUGGUGUUGUUGCUCAUCUUCAGAAACUCUGAAUUGGGAAUUAAUUGUUAUAUUUCCCAAGUAUUUAAUGCAAUUGCUGGAUGAUUUGUCAUUUUCUAGCAGAACUGGAGUAUAGGGACUAUGCAUUGCAAGCUAAAUUUGUUACUUCCUUGGCACACUAGAGAUUUAGCAAUCCCAGAACUCGUUCCCUUUGAAACAAAUGGGAAAUGUGACAUUUGAGUUAUACUCCAGAGACAAUACCAAAUGAUCCACUGUUCUUAGGGCAGUAUGAAUUGUUUAGGUAGAUUCAAAGCCUUAGAUUGUUGAUUCUUUUAACUCCUUUGUGAUUGAAUAGCAAAUGGUUCUUCUCUAUAACUUUUUUUCUGGAGGACAAAGUGAUCUAGAUUUGUGUGUGAAAUGGCAUGAAUAUUCAAGUCGUUACAGAUACUGGAGUGCACUUAUUGUAUAAAUUGAUGUGUAUACUAUACAAUGUUGUAACGAAAAUAAAGUAUCUCAGCUUGUUACAAAA